AUGUCGGACCCACGCGUCACAGUGACGCUUGUCCCCCUGUUCGAAGACACCCAUUCCCUGCGUACCCUCACCAUCACCGAGCGUGAUAAUACGGUAGCCAUCGGACGUGCCUCGAAGCGUGAAACUCGAAAACGGAGUCCCGCAACAGAAAACGGUUGGUUUGAAUCUCGGGUCAUGUCUCGUGAUCAUGCCUGCCUCAAUAUACCACCGAACCAAAAUACGGUCUUCAUUUCCGACUGUGGCUCGACACACGGGACCUUCCUGAAUGAUACCAAGCUGGCUACAAAUAUGGAUACCCCGCUGUUUAGUGGAGAUAUCAUUCGAUUUGGUGUCGAUGUCGACCGUGGUCAAGAGGUUUUUGAGGCCAUUCAAGUCCACUGCAAGGUUCAGUGGCUCAAACCCCAGCGUGCGGUCAUUCCAGAUGAUGAAACUAUUAUCAAACUGGAUCCAAGCCCGUCAACUGAUAGUUUCUGCGUUCCCGAAGAAGAUAGCGACGUUGAGGCUGCUGAAAUCUCCAGUAAUGACUCCUCUAAGGAGUCCGUUACCCGAUCUUUAGAAACCAAUGUUCUGCAGCCUCUCGAAACAUCUCUAGUGUCUCCUGUCACGAGUGUCGAGGGCGACGAACACUCAAAGGAUGAGCCGGAACUACAUUGGGGAGAUCUAUCUCCUACCGAAGAAUCUAUCAUAAAGGUUGUGCCCGAAACUACACCACUGGUUCUGGAGCUUCCCAGUCCGCUGUCUGACACCAAACCAACUCUCGCCAAACCAGCCUCUACCGAAACUCUGUCUGCUCUACAAACACAAGAGGCAGACAGUCUCUCGGCAGUCUGUUACCAGAAAGUACCCGAAAUCCACUACAGCAAUUGGACCAUGAUGAGGCCUAUGUUCAUGCGUCUGGCAGACAUGGCUUGGGGCGAAUCCAACACAAUACCCGACGUUGAUCACGACAGGCGCAUUAUUCACGCUGCACGUCGUUGUUCUCUCUCCAAAGAUUCGUACUGGGUAGAUGACUCCCCUAGCUUCCAACCUUGCGUUGGGACAGAAGUUUAUUGGGAACCAGACUCCGAGGAAUCAGACACAUCCUUUCAUCGUAUGCCUGGCAACCUUCUUAGGUACUGGUCAGUCGAUAAACGAAGGUACUGGGUUAUCUAUGAAGAGGAAGCCAGCCAGAAUGUGAGCAAUUGGUGGUGGAUCGUUGAGAAGCCACAAGAGCUUCUUAGCGAGGAACUGAAGCGCCAGCUCGAGACUGAAAGUGAGGUGGAUGACUGUCACAAAUGCUGGGUCGUGAGGGCCUGGGAGCCCCAAAUGAUCGGAGAUCGAUGGUGCGAUGUGGCUCCUUACUGGGAUCUGAACUUCGAUGAAAACUGGCUCUCUGACGACGAGUCAGUUGAUUCAGACGAGGAAGCCCAGGGCAGUGAAGAGUACAUGUCGGAAUCAGAUGAUCUCAAUGAGUCGAUUUCAGAGAACUGCGAAUGUGCAUAUGGGAUUUACAACAGCGAAUCGAUCCAUGGAGCCGACUGUGGGGUAUCGGCAGAGGACUUUGAUGAGAAUGACGAAGAGGACGAUGAUGAGGUUUCUGAUGAAUCAGAAAGCGACUCUGAUUGUUCUUCUGAGGAUGAGCGCCUUGAACACCGUAUUUCGCUGAAGCCUGAUCUCCAUUCCUUGCUUGAUUUGGAGUGUCUGAAGGAACUUGGACGCGCUGACGACACCGAUGCCGUUGAAGUGUCCAAGCAUGUACCUGAAGAGACUGGCUUAGUGCAAUUGCGCCAGAAGGCUAUUGGGGAUCUGCUACUGAACCCCACACAGAACGAUAGCAAGCCAUCGAUGUCACAGACUGCCCCUGGUAUGACAAACCCAGGUGCCCAGUUCCCCACAUACACUGUGUCUGGUGAGCUGCCAAGAUCUUGUCAGAACAAAUAUCCACCAUUGCAACGGAAAAUUGAGAGCACUGUUGGAAUAUCGUCCUUGCCUCAUGAAAUCGAGAAUUGCUAUCACGAUGGACCGUUCUCGACUAGUGCUCCCAUUGAAGAUGCCUGGGUGCCCCAUUUGGCAACAUCUAGAAAAUCAAAUCUGAAGCGUACUGCAACAGAGAUGCAAUCAUCGCCCCUUGAACCCAGUCUUUCUCAAGAUGCUCAGCGGCUGCCUGUAGAGCCAGGCAGCCAGUCAGAUCUCAACCUCGACACACUUACCACCGAGGCUAAGGAUGCGAUCAGCUCUGCACUUGCCGAGAAUGUCUCUGCGUUUGCUGAGAAUGAGCGUCCGGCAAAGCGAGUGAAGUCCAAUGACCCAACCUCAAAGUCCUUGGCAAGCCACGCCACCACGGCGGUCGUCAGCGCUCUGCUGGGUGGUCUGGGAACCAUCGCUGUGCUCGCAGCCUUGCCAAACGAAUACUUUCAGUGA